AUGACUGCGACCGUCAAAUCCCUCGACCACCUCGUCCUCACCUGCGCCGACGUGCACGCCACCGUCGCCUUUUACACCACGCACCUCGGCAUGCGCGCUUCGGAGUUUGUCUCCCCCAAGGACACGGACGGCACAGUCCGGCGCGCGCUGCAUUUCGGCGCGCAAAAGAUGAAUCUGCACCAGCGCGGCGCCGAGUUUGAGCCCAAGGCCAGGACGGCACUGCCGGGCACCGCAGACCUCUGCUUUGAGCUGGAUGAUGGAGUCGAGUUGGAGGAGGUGCAGAGGAGGUUGAAAGCGGCGGGCGACGUGACGUUUGAUGAAAAGGGCGAGAUUGUGUACAGGACGGGCGCAAAGGGACGGAUGAGGAGCUUGUACAUCCGCGAUCCGGACGGCAACUUGAUAGAGCUUUCGAAAUACGACGCAGAGUAA